CACUCUCAUUUCCUCUCUGUUAAUAUUAGGAGUAUCGCGAAGACGAUUCUACAUACAACGGGAGUGCCGGUGCAUGAGUGUUUAGUGAUCAAUGAACUCAGCGUUGCUGUAUAUUGGGGCGUGCUGCCACGGGUCUUAUUAAGCCGGCAGACAUGACAAUGUAAUAGUGAAUUAUAAAUCAAAUUUUCCAUAAGGAAAUAAAUUAUAGAUGGUCAUUCUACAGUUUACAGUAGAUGACUAAAAAUGAAUGAUAUAGAAAGCAUAAGCAUGAAAGGCAGUGGAGGAUCUAAGAUGCCUCAUAGUCAUUCGACUCCAGCAGGUGUGGAUGGAGGUAGUAGAACCCCUCCUACAACACCUAGAAAAGCUGGUAAAAUGCUUGCUGUUCGUGUGCAGAUGUUGGAUGAUACGAUUACAAUGUUUCAAGUUCAGGCAAAAGCUUUAGGCAGAGUGUUAUUUGAUCAAGUUUGCAAACAGCUACAUCUUUUGGAAGCUGAUUAUUUUGGUUUGGAGUACCAGGAACCUAAUGGAACGAAAUAUUGGUUAGAUUUAGAGAAGCCAGUUUGUAGACAAGUUGGACUAUCACUAAUAGAUCCCAUAUUAAGAUUUUGCGUUAAAUUUUAUACACCUGAUCCAGCACAAUUAGAAGAAGAGUUUACAAGAUAUCUAUUUUGUCUUCAAAUUAAACGGGAUUUAGCCCAAGGUCUAUUACAAUGCAAUGAUAAUACGGCAGCUUUGAUGGCGAGUUAUAUUGUGCAGGCCGAGUGUGGAGAUUAUGUGAUAGAGGAUUAUCCAGAUCAUACGUAUUUGUCAACUUAUAAAUUUGUGCCUCAUCAAGAUCAAGAACUAGAGCGUCGCAUUAUGGAAAAUCAUAAAAAACACGCAGGCCAAUCACCGGCAGAAGCAGAUCUCAAUCUGCUGGAAACAGCACGUCGCUGUGAAUUGUACGGGAUGAAAAUGCAUCCAGCUAAAGAUCACGAGGGUGUACCGUUGAAUCUGGCUGUGGCACACAUGGGGAUAGUAGUCUUUCAAAAUUUUACCAAAAUAAAUACGUUCAGUUGGGCUAAAAUCAGGAAAAUCAGCUUUAAAAGGAAACGAUUUUUAAUUAAACUUCAUCCAGAGGGUUACGGUUAUUACAAGGAUACCGUGGAAUUCUUUUUCGAAGGACGCAACGAAUGUAAAAAUUUUUGGAAAAAAUGCGUAGAGAAUCAUGGAUUUUUCCGUUGUUCGGUGGUCAAACGAGUGGUACGACAAAAAACACGAGUUCUCAGUCGUGGCUCGUCAUUUAGGUACAGCGGAAAAACUCAGAAGCAAAUCGUAGAAUUUGUUCGGGACAAUUACGUGAAGAGGCAAACGUUUCAAAGGUCCAAUUCGUUCCGGCAGACUAGCGGUGGUAGGGCAUUGCAGGGCUUGGAGGGGGGAGGCUAUCGUGGGGCCACUCCAAGCAGCUCCCUUAUGGGCAGCUCCAGCAUCUCUGCCCACCCCCUCCUGCCCCUCGGCGAUCCUGCCCUGGAAACCCCAGCUCUGUCUCUAUCAUGCGGCUCGAUGACACUGGAUUCUCCGACGACUGUGACGAGUGUCUCGAUGGGAGGGACGAUUCACCGUCGCGAAGACACAGCUACGUCGUUUCGGACACUUACCUCCAUCGACGUCCAUUCCCCGGCCACCCCCAGCCAGGUCCCAGUACCGCGGCAGAUGCUUGCUGCCAGCCAGCAACGGAUUUCAUCAGCAGGUCGUAUCAGCCCCUCUAACAGCAGUCCUCCUGAAUUUCCCCCACCGCGACCUAUGCCUAGACAUCCCUGGCAGCGAUCGGCCAGUUGCCGCGAGUUGUACGCUUCUAGCUUCGAGGAUUCAGGGAAAGCGCGAUCGAAGGACGACAAACCUUCCGAUGAUCCUAUAUUGGAACCUUUCCGUUUGCCCUCCCAGGGAGAGCUAGACAAUCCCGUGACGCGCUACGAUGAAAGUAAUCGAUCGUACAGCGCGGCUAGCUCGAAGUUACCCUCUCUCGAUCACGACUCGGUACCCGAGCGUGUCUAUAGUAGCUCCUACCCGGGAACUUCGUCGCUCUCCACUGAAUCUGGCCACGAGGAAUCUGGUCCUGCGGGAGAUCUCUCUCACGACGAUCUUUCGCACGAUUCCUACGAACUUUUGGAACGCGAGCACGAAUUUGAAUAUCCGGAAUCGUAUUCGAGUCCGCGGGACGACGACGACGAGAACGAGCCAAUGUCCGAUAGGAGCGACGAAGGAAUCGAGCACGAGAUGUUCCAAAUGGAUUCCGAGACCGAUUCCUUCGUGAAACAUCGAUCGAUCAAAUCCACGGAUAGACAACAAUUCAAAUCUGUGCUCGCGGACCUCAAGAACGCUAGAACAAAGUCUAUCGAUCGGUAUUCAGCCGUGACCGCGAAAUCAGACAGUGACUAUAUCACCGUUGAGUCUCGAAUACAACGAUCUAGCACUCAAAUCGAACGAAAAUUCGAGACACGACACGCUAAUUCGAUAGAGCAACAACAGCAACAACAACAAUCUAAACAUUCUCUUCCGCAUCAGGACUCUGGGAGAAAAGAUCCUGUCGUGUUGCAAGUGCAAAAACAAAAAAUGUCUGUGUUGAACGAGUUGAAAAACUUGAAGCCAAAGUAUAAGAUCACUCACGUAGAUUCGGAGAUUUUACGGGAUGAGGGUAUUAUGCGUCCAAAAUCUCGGAUAGAUGAUGAUUUGAGUCCAGUAGAUUCGACCAAUAGAACGAUCAUAGAUCAAAGAGCUAGGACAGUCAGAGCACGCAGUAUCGCCAGUUUGGAAGACCAUAUAUCACGCGUAUACGUAGAAACGGGUAGUUUAGGUCGGGGUUACAAAGGUGCUGGUGCAGGUAGUGUUAGUAGCGGUGGUGGUGGUGGUGAUAGUGGUGGUAGGGAUCGAAAAUCGAAUCGCGAAAGCGAGGCGAAGCUCGAGAAAACGCUGGCAAAGUUGCAAGACAAAGAGAAGAGAAGCGUGGACCGAGAAGAUAGAAAACGCGUCGAAAGGGAUUAUUUCAGGGAGUAUUCGAGUAAGAAGACAGAAAGAAGCGAGUUGAGAGAACGUCGAUCGGUCGAGCGAUUGGAUUCGCGAGAUCGAAAAUCGGACAUGCACGGUCGUCGUAGCGUCGAUCGAAUAGACGCAAGAGAAUUACGAAGAAGCAUCGAGAGAUUGGAUGUUCGAGAGAGAAGUUACGAACGGCUGGAUUCGAAGGAGAAGUCCUUCCGUCACGGUGAUCCUUACGCGUUACGCGGGAAGAGCGUCGAGCGAUUAGAUUGUCAGGAACUUCGAGGUAGCACGGAGUAUCUAAACAGAAGUCCGAAAGAAAAGACGGGUCAUCGGUAUUCCGAAUCGAGGGAACGUCGAGAGAGAAGCGUGGAACGGUUAGAUUCAAAGGAGAAGAGGAGAAGUCCGGGAAGUCGAAGUAAUACGGUCGAUUACAACCAGAGGCAUACGUUGGAACGUUUCGAUUCUGGAAAUAAAAGCCCGCUCGAACGACUCAGCGCUGGCAGGGAACAUCGUGGAAAAAGCGUCGAGAGAUUGGACUCGCAGGAGAAGCCGACAUUUGAUUUCGAUCCCGUUACGAUCGAAAGAUUGAAGUCUUUGGAGAGGUGCAACAACGUUUCGAAGGACAAAGGAUACGAUAGAAAAGCGGAGCGAAAGAGCUUCGAAAAGUUGGAUUCGCGCGAACGAAGACACCCAGAUCGACUAGAUUCGCGAGGAGGAAGAAGUUUCGAGUGCAUCGAACAGAUCUACGAUUGGAGGAGAAACAGCAUAGAGAGGAUCGAGUACAAAGAACCGAGGAAAGGUAAGGGACGAACAGAAAGGGGAAAGUCCGAGGAGAAACCGCGCGAAAGGGACGACUGGAGAAGCUUGGAGAAAGCGCGAAAGGACGAGGAGAAGCGCGAACGAGAACGACAAGCGAGGCUCUCGAUAGAGUCGAGGACGGACACGGUGAUCGGUGUGCCGAUGGAAAUGGAAAAUUUUAAAUCGAAGACCAUGUUUACGGAGUACGAACCGAAGAUCGUGGGAGGUGUGGUGCUGGGUUUCGACGACACGAUACCGGGUCAUACACCGGUCGAACGUACCAAGAGCGAUCCGAAUCCGGCACGGCAGAGGUUAGGCUCGAACAGUAAACGGCACAUACUGAUGCAUCAGAAAUCCAUCGACUUAACGCCAGCUGAUUCGGGAGACGAAGAUCCGUUCUCGGAUAGUGCGGCUAUGCAAAAGGCGAACAUCGAAAUACCUUACAUGUUGCACAAACGACACGUCAUGAAUGGUACCGCAUCUGACGAGAAGUCCGAGUCGGAUAGCGGCAAAACCAUUUCGAAAAAGGCCGGUGCCGUUCGAGAUCUUCCCAAGUUGCCUUUGAAAAUGAUCACGGACAUUUCUUGUUUCGAUCUGUCUAAGCUGUCUUCGAUAGACAAGCCUAGUAGCAAGCUCUCGCCUGACAAGCCAAAGAGCGCUUCGAUCACGCCUAUACGACCCAAAUCGAUACUCUCGAGCCCGUCCGAUAAACCAAAAAGUAUCUUGAGUCCUACGUCGAAGUUAUCACCGACCGACGCGAAAAAUGUAGUUUGCAGUUUCUCUCCAACGAAUAGAAGUCCAUCCAAGGCAGGUUCGAAGGCUCCGUCACCCGAUAAACAGCCUUUCAGAUCCGCAUCGUUCGAUAAAAACCGAACGGAAAUCGUGAUCGAGGAUCGAACGGGUAUUAAAUCGUCCAGUCUCGACAAGAAAACAUCGAAAUUAUCACCGAUCGAACCGAAUGUCACCAUACUAUCGUCGAUCGAGAAACGCUCGCCCAAGAUGUCUCCCACAGAUCCAAAUGUAACAAUAGUUUCUGUGAUACAAAAGAGGAGGACAUCACCCUCGGAGUCAUCAAAGAGCUUCGCAAGCGCGCAACGGUCGCUCGAUUCGAAGGUAAAGCCUUUGAAUUUUGCUGACGUGGUUGGAAUGGAAAUGAAGAUGAAACUCGAGCGUAAGGCCAAGUCUGAAAUGGAAAAAGACAGUCUGAAAACGCCAGAUGAUAGCUUGGAGAAGCAAGAUAGUAUAGAAAAAAUACCAUUGCCGGAAAUUCCUAAACCGGUUGCGACCGGGAUAGAAGACGAAAGAUUCGGCUCCGAAAAGGUAGAAAAAGUUUCGCCCAUAGACGACUCCUCUCUAAAAACGUUCGACGGCGAAAUCGUUGACGUAGAUGGCAAGCAAAUUAAAGAUGAGAAACACACUGAACAGUUGGAACCGCAGUCGCAGGAAAAGAAGUUGGAGCAAGUAAUAGAUGUGCAAUUAGAACAGAAAGACAAGGAGAAGGUGAAGAGGGAAGAGAAGGAAUCUUUACCUUCGGCUACUACUGUUGAUGUAAUCUCGGAGAAACCGAAAGUUCCGGAAAAACCAAAGACAUUGGAGAAACCGAGCAUACCAGAAAAAACGAAACGCAUCUUGGAGAAGAUAGAGUCAAAGUUUUCCGAAGCUAGAAUCGCUAAACCGAAGAUCAUCGAUACCGGAUUCGACGAUUUCGUGGAACCAGUCGCAGAUCUGCCUUUGGACGAAGUGCCUGUGAAGCCCGCGUUAGAACUGGACAGCCUUAAAGUUCCUGAAUUCGUUCCUUUCAUGUCGAGGCCACACGGCGAACCUCUGCGUUCGAAAUCGUUAUCGUUGGCCGAGGAGAAAGCACCGAUCGAUACUUUGCUCUCGCCGGAAGUCGAGAACAAACACUUUGUUCCGGACGUGUCGCCGAAAAGGGCGAAGAGAGCGAAACCAGAACCAAAGAAGGAUUUCAAGAAACAAUCCAAGUCGCUCGAGGGAGACAAGCCUCCUUUGAAGAAAGCGACCUCGAAGGAGUCCCGCGUAACCACGCCCAGCUCGAAGAUCGACAAGUCCAAAUUGAAGUUGGGAGAGAUGCCUCAGGAAAUUAUCAUAAUCGACUCGACCGACGUGGCACCGGAGGUGAGUAUCGUUCAGAAAGGUAGAUCCAAGUCUAUCACUCGGUUGCCCGAGAAGGCAUAUUCCGCGUCAAAGGAGGAGAAGGAGGAGAGCAAAGGUGGUACUCGAGCGAAAUCCGCCUCGGUCGACGACGAUCUGAUCAAAGUUACCGCGGCAUCUGGCGUGAAAUCCGAAAAAACGAGACCAAAGUCGUUAGGUAUUUCAAAGAGUCUGAGUAGCAGCGCCGAAAGAAAGGAUUCCGCGGAGAAGAUAUCGCCAAAGAGAACGAUCGUUGAACGAUCGAAAAGUGGCACCAGGUCCGAAACUAAAUCGACGGAAUUGAAAUCGCCUACAUCGAUGAAAGAAAUAGUGGUGUCGAAGUUGCAGCAGGAAUCUAGGGCGUUGCGUGCGAAGAUCGAUUUGAAAGCGGAAACCGAUAUCGAGGAGCCGAGGGCCGAUACCGAUUUUGACGCACGAGAGCGCGAGACUAUGGACGCGUCCAGACCUGUAGAAGAUCGCGCCGCGGAGAAAAAGAGCUCGUAUCCACAGGAUUUGACGCAGUCGCCGGUAAUAUUGCGAAAGCUGGGACAAACGCCAGUUCUAUUUGCCCGUGCGCGUCUCGGUCUAUCGGAGGGAAGCGGAAUCGGUGCAUUGCAAAGACAGGGCGCGACGCAGUCUCCGACCUCUCAAAGGCGAGCCAAGUCGUUGGACGCUCCGGUGAUAGCGGUGCACAAACUUCCACCGGCGACCGCGUUUUCCAGCAAGGACGACACCGUUGACGUGUCGGAGAAUCCGGACGAAGAAAAGGCCGACGAGGACGUGCCGACAGAGGCGGUUGUUCCAUAUGGCAGCAGUGCCGUCUUCACCACUGGUCCGCCAAUGAAACCACAAUCCAUUCAGAUCGAGGCAUCGCCCAACCACAGGUCCGACAGUACCGAUCACACCACCAUACCAGAGAUCUUUACCGAUUCCCUGUCUGUUACUGAAACUUCUGCGCAAUAUCUUGAAUCGCCGUUGACGGAAAGCAACGAGAUCAUACCAAGCGCGGAUUUGAUUCCGUACGAGAGAGACGUGCUGCGAUUAGACGCGAACGGUAAAGAUCAAAAGACGAUGUUGGAAUCUGUCAAGGUGGAUGAGAAAACGAAAUUCAUCGAUCAGAGUUCCGUGGAGUCCGGCACCGAACAGGAAGUGGUCGCGUUCGAUAAAGCUGUUAGAGCGGAAAAAAUCGAUCUACUCAGCGUCUCAAAAACCAUCGAGGGUUCUAUUCCGCGACCAUCCGACCAAAUAGCGACCGAGGCUGUGCCGCUGACGAAGGAGAAACUGUACGAACGUUCGAUGGUCGUCGACGAAUCGACUGGGAAAAUUGCCGAGGCCGAGAUUUCCACGACAGUGUCUAUCGAAACCGAGGACAAAGAAAGGCGGCAGGAAAUCAAGCUCGCCAAGGAUUCGAAGAAAGCGACGGAGAGGGACGAUCUUCCCGACGUAACGGUGACUACCGUAACCGUUACGCGAGAAGACGCUGGACCGACCGCCUUUCUCAGAUCGACGACAACGAUCGACUUCGACGACGGACAAGACAUGGUAAAGUCGCCGAUUCAGAUCUCUAUCGAGGAGUGUUCCGACGAUGACAUCGGUGUUGAUGCCGAGGAAGAUGAUGCAGAGGAGGACGAGGAGGUGAUAGUCCAUAGCGAAGACGAGCGGGAAGCGCAAGAACAGGAAGGCGAUGAGAAUCGGCCGUUGGAUUCCGCGGAUACGAGCGAAGAUACGCUCGACGCUUUAGAUACCCAGGUUCACAUGAGAGGUAUCGACAGCGAAUUGAGCUCACCGGAUUACGGAGUCGACAAAAUGGACGAGAAGACCCUAGUGGAAGUAGAGUUGACGCCUGAAUAUUUAGAAAUGAGAAGAGAGGACGAGGACGGUGAACUAGCGGAGGAACUGCCAAAAGACGAGGAGUCCGUCGAAGAAAUGAUGAAAGAGUCACCCGAGGAUGUUCCUAGCGCGAAUCGUUUGACGAUCGACAAGAAGCUUAGGUUGAGUAGCGAACGUUCGAGAAGCGAGGAAACCAGUACGUGGACGCCGGAUCGCGAAGACCCGGAAUCCAGCUCUUGCUCUAUAGCUCGACCGCUGGGUAUUGGGCAGAUUCAGCCGAUAGUGGAUCGUCGGGAAAUCAUCGCAAUGAUGAAAGACACGCGUGGGCCUGGUUCCUUGGAGGAGGAGAACAGCAGCGGCUCCCAAUCGGGACUUAGACACGAUUUGAAUGCGACUUGGAAGUCCUUUCCCCUGGAAAGCUCUGGAAGUUCGAGCAACGACGAAGGUUGGCCGGGUCAAGACGAGAACAAUGCCGUUCAGUCUCAGUCCGAAGAUAGCAACGGACAGAAUGAGGACAGUUUUCAAGAGGAUCUUGUCGAUCUUCGUGGCAGUUUCAUUUAUCCGAUAGGUCCGGAUAUUCUAACCAGUUGUGGCACGUUUGCGCUCACACGUACGUUAUCUAGGAUUUCCGAGAGAUCCACUACAUCGGAACAGGAUAAAAGCGAUUUGGAGGACUCGUUCAAGCCUAGUUCAAGGUCACCCAGUUUGGACGACGAGUCACUAAUAUCGAGCGACCGUCAACUUUCUCUAUCCUCUGAUCCACCAUCCGGUACGCCGCUUCCCUCGAUUUCCGAUGAUCGGCGCACAUCGUCCGAAUUGCCUGAUAUUCCUAUAGACAUGGUAAGCGAGCAAGAGGAGGAGGCGAAAUCGCCGAAAUCGGCUGGGAAACCGAAGCUGCAGGAACAAAGCUCGGAGGAUUGGCCAUCUCCGCCUAGUUCGCCCGUGUUCGAUCCUCCUGUAGUCAGCCACGUCGAAACCUUUUAUAUGGAGAUCAAGCCUGAGGAGGCGGUCAAGGUAACGGUAACCGACAGCACCGAAACACCCGGUCAAGUGGAACAUGACAGCGAUUCUAGCGAUGAGAAUCGAACACUGCACGACGAUUUGCAUUCCACGUUCUUCGAGGACGGCCACAGCUCGACCUCUGCAACCACCGUUGACGGUACUGUAAAGAUAGCCGUUAAACCAAAGUCGAACUCUCACGUGACUGGUUCUUCGCACAGCGAAGACACCUCGAUGGGUUUGUCGAUGUCGGAGUGGUCGAGUUCGAACAAUACCGUGCGCCAAUUUUGCCAAUAUUCUGGUACCAAAUCUGACGACAACUCUCUGGCGGAACUCGGAGCCUCGAUCUCGGACUGGUCGGGUAGCACGACCGUCAUUCCUCAGCAGCACUACUCCUCAUUGACGCCGGUCGAGAAAAGUCAAAGCGACACAACUACAUCCGAUAAAAGCGUGACUAGCAUGAGACCGAAUUCCAAGUGCAGAACGGCCGAUGGUCCUCCGCUCAUUGGUCCAUCCUCGCCACCGUUGCCGCCACCGCCGACUACGCCUCCAUUAACACCGCCUCAUUCCGUAUCCGUAUCUGUUUCCGUUUCCGUAUCUGGAAACAUGGAUCGCCGUUCGCCGUUCGACGAGCAUCUGGCGAUGGGCCUUCCGUUGGACGGCGAACGAUCAUCAUCGAUCGGUCGAACGAUCAGGAACGAGCAGUCGAACGAAGGGAAAAGAUUCAUCGAUGAUCAAUUCGACGAGCAUCGACUGUUGUCGCGUCACUGCGACGACGAACGGCAAGGUUCCAUACGAUCGACGUAUAUCUCACCACCUCGAAUAACUCUUCAGAACGAGUUCGACGAGACUAUCGACGACGAGUUUCGACUAAUGUCGGACGAUGGUGAUGCGCCGCUUCCGAUCCUCGAAGAGGAGGAAGAGCUCGACGAUCAGGAGGUUGCGUCAGGGAGGCAACAGAUAGGAGACGAUCGUUUGUAUGACAACGUUCCCGCUAUGAAAUAUUCAGGCGGCGAUCAAAUCCGAAUGGAAGUUGGUCGAGGGGACAACGCCGAGGAUAUGCACGAAAAAUACGCAGAUUUGGCGCUCGGUUCUAGACCGGCGGACGACGAUUGGUCGUUCGAAGAGGAAAGAGAGGAGACGGUCAUUCAGAAGGAGAAGGUCCGCAGCAGGUCAACUCCCAAAUUCGAACGAGGUUUCUCCGAACCCAUGGAAACUGGCAGGUAUCAUGAAACUAGAUCGACCGAGCGACCCGUACUCGUUCCCAUCAGAGCGAAGUCGACUCCGUAUUAUUCGACAACGAGUCUGAGUGGUGAGUCGACCACCUCUAGUCCUCCGAUGCAGAUCAGGACGCAGAUUCGGACGAAAACCAUGCCUUACUCGUCCAGCAAAAGUCCCCAGAGCGAGGGUGAUACGUCUUCGAGCAUGGAUAGUCCCGUUCACACGCCUGUUCACGGCCAGAUAGCUGUUCGUCGAAGACGACGGGAAAACUUAAAGAGGCGUCACCGAGUGGUGGUGGAUUUCGAGGUAAAGGAUGGUCAGAUUAUUUCGAGUACCGACUCAAGCUUCGACGUGGCCACUAUUCCGCCACCCUUAUUGGCCGAACGUUCGAGGUCCGACGUUGACGAUGACGAGGAUGACGAUGACGACAAUGACGACGAUAACGAUGGUGACGAUGACGACGAGUACUCGGAGGCCAAGGAGAUGCAGGAGAAUCGACGACAACAACGUUGACGCGACUAGCGCUUCGAAUCUUUUAACUCCUUUGUUGCAACGUCUUUUGACAUUUUUAACGAGAAUUGGAUGAUUUGUCCAGGAUGAAAACACGACAAAAGGCAACAAGGAGUAAACGAGAUCGAUGUCGAUCCAAUCGACAUCGACUAGAGUGGAGAUCAAAAGAUAUCGUGAAAAACAAUCUAGUUUAAUCUAUCGCGCAUAAGGAUAAUUAGUACGUUUGUUACACGUUUUAGAAAUUCAAUUUAAUUUGAUACGAUAUCGUCGUUAUCGCGUGGGAGCUUUUUGACCCGUAAACAAACCUUUAACUCCAUCGUACUUAACUUAUUCUAUCGUAUAUUUAUACGUAUACGGAACGAGCCAACGCGAAAAUACGAUUGGAACGAAGCUACACCUACUAACGAUAAUUAGUCUAGAAAAUACGAUAUAUAAUAAGAAACAGUAGCGAUCAAAGGUGAUACGUAUGAGAUACGUUUCGAGAUUAAUUAGGGUCGUUGCUACGCGGUUACCGCGAACGUAUGUACUAUGAAGAUAUGACGGAUCUCCGACGGCAGAGAAAGCAUUCUCGAGAGAAAUGAGAGUUAAAACGCAAUCGUAAAAAAACGGAAAAAUAGACAACGAUGCUAUUCCAAUUUACGAAAACGACAAUCAUUGUUGAAGGUGAGAUAGCAUCGUUAAGAAAAUGGUAGGAAGGGUGAAGUGGAAAAGGGAAAGGCGGAGGAAUUGUCUCUUUUAGUUCGAGAAUUGAAUCCUCGAUAAGCGGUCGUAUUAUUUGAUCGUAGUUUAAUUUAUGUCUCGUUUAACGACGAAGGACAAGUUGCUCAACAUAGGUACUUAUACAAAAUGUUUAUCGCGUACUUUCGUUGAUACACACGUACGUGCGUGUAUUGUAUGGAAUUGCGAUUCACGGUGCGAGUGGCUAAAUCGGAACGCGUGAAAUAUCGCGAUAGGUUUAACGAACCGUCGAAACGUUUGUCGUCGAAAGAUCGAAUGAUCUGCAAUCUUUCUUCCCUCAGUUUUGUCUCACGGUGCUACAACUCUCUACGGCUUGGUGUAUGAUCGACGACCGAUCCACCAGUUAUAUUGCUAGACUCCGGGAUCGUGAAUAAAUUUACGCGGGACGCGUCUUCCGUUUAAUUUUCUCGAUAACGACGAUCACGGUUCAGCACGUGAUUUUUCAAGGUAUCGAUAAUGGUAAAUGGUAAUGGUAACGGCCAAGGUCAUCCGAUGGUUACGGCAUGUUAGGUCGUUGAAUUUCCCUUGAUGUCAAUUAUAAAGCUGCGCCGAUGAAAGUAUGACGUUGGAUUUAAAAAUAUGGAUGACCUUGAUAUCCGAAGAAUCGCGUGGCCUCGGCGUUGUUUACCGUCGUGGGGUUUUAUGGAAGAUGUUUUUUCUGCAUCUUUAAAGGGAGAACGAUCGACCGCGUCGCGUCACGUCGAAUUGCUUGGAACAUGUCGUACGUGAAGGAUCAAACCGAACUAUUCAACUCGGAGAGACAAAGAAAUUUGAAUUGGUUGAAGGAAAAAAUUCCAUUGGCUUCAAUUUACGUUCUUCCGACUAAUACCAAGCUUUCUAUCGUAUGCUCUAUUCAGACGCUAAUUUUUGCACGAUCAAGAAUAACGGAAAAAUGUAUCGAUAUGAAUUUGUAUGGAAUUUCGUAAGACAACGAUCUGCAAAAUAAUGCAGCAUGAUGUUCUCAAUGGUUUUUGAGUCUGUUGGUAAUAAGAUAACACGGUUAGGAAGCUCGAUACUGUUCAUACGAGGGACGCAUAGUUGGUUAGGUCGAGGCUAAAUUUGUAAAACGAUCGAUAUUAAUAUAAUGGACUACGAGAAAAAGCCGGGAGUAAAUAACUAUCCCGUUGCAGGUCGGGUUAACGCGGUACUAACGCGUAAUUUUACGUCGAGCGUAAGGGCGUCAAUGUAAAAAUAUCUUAGCACGUCGCGUCCCAUGUUUGUUAUGGAAAUAUCGUACCGAAGGUUCUAUACUCGAGAAACAACAUCCAAACCGAAUUUUUUCGUUUCUUUCGUUCGAUGCGUUCAGUGCGUUUGCUUUCUUUCAAUAUUGAAGGUGUUUCUAAAGGAAACACCUUGUUUUGGUUUCUAAAGGAGUUUAGAGACGUUUAAAAGCAAUAAUUUAACCUAUUCGUAAGAGGUUGAACGUUAGGAAGCGAACAUUAGAUAGGGAUUUAUCGCACUGAAAAUACGGAUCGGAGAGUUUUUCUUCCUUGUUGUGCAUAGACGUACAUAGACGUGUGUCGUUUCAACGAUACGAUUCCGUUAACCCUCUGACUGCCACGCGUAACAUUCCAAUCUUUACAUAUAGUCUGAUUCGUCCCUCCGAUUUUCUACGCUUAACGUUUUUGUUUUUCGUUACCGUAGAUAGUUAUAGAUCGCACAGGUAUAUUUGAGAAUCGUUUAAUUAUUCAUAUCGAAACGGCAAUGUUCGAAGCAAAAAAAGCACUUCAUAUCUUUUCUGUUUCGCGCACAACGACUCGAUUGAUCCGAUCGACGAUAGAUGAUCGACAAGACAAGAGGAGACAUCCGUUUAACAGAGUGUGCAGAUAUUAGAGAAAGGGCGUGGCGGUCGGAGCGGAGAAGCUGAGCUUAGAUAGCCUUGUCUCAGACCGGCUUGAACGGUCUGAACCGUUCUGUGAUUUGUCGCGAAUUAAAAACGCGAAAGAAGGGAGAAUGUAUAUAUAGUCGAUGGUGCGUCUCGAAAUCAAUUCACGCCUUGUUUCUUCCAGACGGGUAGGGGUAGCUCGUUUGACACGAGACAGGAAACCAACGCGAUCUCUAAAAUAGUCUAUCUUAAGCAUGGACGAUCGUUGAUAAUCACGUUGUCGUUGAAUAAUCGUUAAUCACCACCGUGACCAUUAAUCGCCACUCCAUUAGUCAUUGUUACGGUAUUAUCGCUACACUUAAUUGAUUAAAAGGUUACUAGUUACUACAUCGUAGAACGCAGUGAAGAAAUAUACAAAGAAACUAAGUACGUAACUACGUAUCAAAAGCUAUAAUAAAAGAUACGAGAUUAGAAAGUGAAUGCCGAGUGCUGAUCACGAUGUCGAGGCUUAAGUUGCUUUCUACGAACGCGAUGACGAGUCAACGAGAAACGUUCAAUCGUGAUAGAUCGAUGGCGAACUGGAAACGCAUUUUUGAACGAUGUUCGCUCGCGUACGUCCUUUCGUCGAGAAUCUACGUUUUCGCUUGCGAUUCCUCGAAGCUAUACACAAUAUACGAUUCGCGAUAGCAAUUCUUUUCGAACGCAACACCGCGUUUGUCGGCGGAACGAUACUCGAGCGACCGGCAACGUUCCCUUCGCAUUCCUCAAGCGUCUGCACGUAAGGAUAGCGAUUCGGCUGACAAUCAGGGAAACGUUGCACGAGAACGAGUCGCGAGGAGUUCGCGAUACCGUAUUGAUUCUCAAUUUGUUCCUUUGCAUGCAAAACUAUCGGCAUAUCGUCGUAAUCGUCGCUCUUGAACGAUCGACGCGGAAUCCGUCGCGGAUCCCUCCGCGGUUAUAAUAGGGCCGUGGUUAUAAUACUUCGGCUGCGCUAUAAUACUCACGAACGUUAUCGUCCAGUAGGACAGAGAUCACAGUAAAACAGUAAGUCAAUCUCGAUGGGAGCAUGGAAAUAUUAAGACGAUUAACUUAUGCGUGCAUAAUGAUGGGCACUAAAUUCGCUUGUUGCUUGAUACGAUCAAGCGAUCGUACCAGCCCGAUUAGUUUUGUCUACAAUGUUUCAAGCAUAAUAUCGACUGAUCAUUUUUCGUGCCCAUCGUUAGUUAUCUUUGCGCGAACGCGUCGACGCUUUGACGGAUAUCCACCGUCCCUGGAAUCGUCGCUUUCUUCUCGAGUUCCUCGAUCAUUCUGGAUCGCGCUUUCUUUUCUUUCUUUCUUUCUUUCUGUCUGUCUAUCUGUCUUCUUUUUCUUUUAUACAUUCUCGAGGAAAGUUGAAAGGUACGGUCCUGCCGAUCGAUUCCUCCAAGCGAAAUCCCAUCCUAGACAGAAGAAGAGUAUCGUCGUAUCCUCGAUCUAUCCGUACGAGUUCCUGUAUCGGUUUAAUCUUGACUUGUCCUCGUCUUGCAUCUGUGCAUCGUCAAUCCUGUCCUGCCAUCGAUAUUACUACACACGCACGCGUCUCUUCGAGCACUAUUCUCUUUCUGUAUUUCUACGUUUUUCAGUUUGUCUAUGUCAUCGUAUCAUUACCAUUGUCAUUAUCGGCCUCGUCAUACCACCUUUCAUUCUUUCCAUUUUACCAAUGUUGUCACUCGACCAUCUCUUCGUCCAUCGUUCUCAUCGCAGAUAUCAUUUCUCAAUUUCGUUUCCUUGGUUCUCCUUUUUCUUCUACUUCUUCUUUUGAACUCAUUCUCCCUCAUGGUUAUAGUUAUUUGGUACGCGUGCGUGUUACUUGAUUACACAGCGCGUAUGUGCCGCCUCGAGAUCGUUGCGCUCGAAGUUUUCGAAUCCGUGUGCAGACUGACAGUUAAUGGAAACGGGAUUGGAAACGGUGGAUUUUUGGCUGUUUAAAAGCCGAUCCUUGAAAAUUCGUUCGUCGAAGAAAAUAUGAGACGACGAGCUACUCGAUACCGAGUGCCAUUUACCUGCUAAAUUUAUCGCCAGUUUCCGCAACGAGCUUUUGCUUUCGCGC